AUGGCCCUGGGGUAUCAGGCUCUGGCUGAUGCUGCAGUCCAGCAGCGCGAGAGCAGCAGCAGCAGCGACGGCAGCAGCAGCGGCAGCAGCAGCGGCGCGGGCGGCAGCGGCAACGUGCUGGCCAACCUCGACACCAGCAGCAGCAGCAGCAGCAGCAGCAGCAGCAGCAAGAUGAAGAAGAGCUUGGGAUUCCCGCACUAUGCUUCUGUUUUCCGGCGGCUUUUUGCUGCUGUGUCUGCCUUGGGAAACAGAGCAGACACUGCAGUGGAAAUAGCCCUGAGCUGCGUUGCUGCUGCUAGCUGCUGCUGCAGCAAACCCUUUCUUUGCAUGCUGCUGUCUUACAGCCUGCCGCAGCACUCUGUUUCCGCGCUGCUGGCCACUCUCAAGGGAGACGAAGCAGAAGCUGCUGCUGCUCUUGUUGCUGCUCCUGCUCCAGUUUGCUGCUUCGGGCCCCUCACUGCGCGCUGCGCCUCGCAGCUGACCUUAGCAGCACAACAGCCAGUCCCUAUCCCGUGGAAGGUUAGAGAGGUACCUCAGCAGCAGCUGCAGCAGCAGCAGGAGCAGCCGCAACCAGGCGAUCCCUCUGCGUCGAGCCAGAACCUGAUGGGCGCAAUAGACGAAGCAGCAGAGCU